UGGGUUUACUUAAUUUAGUCAUUUUUCCUCGAAUGAACACGUGUUUUAAGGAUUUUUUUUUUUUGCCAGGAUGUAACACUCAAAGUUUGGCGACCAAGACCUCUUCAAAAUGUCAAAAAAGUGGCACUUUUAUUAUUUUUUUAGCAGCGAAGCUAGUGGAGGCUCGCUUAACUUUUUGAGGAGAAAAAAGUUUUAAACAGGAGCGGCCAACACGAGUGGUUUAAAAAUGGUCGGUUGCUCCUCAUUUCCAUUCAAUGGCUUGUCGGUGCAACAAAAGGUCCCAAGAAAGUCGCCCACACAUCAGGAACCUGUUGGUGACCCGAUUCCUGUCCACCCAGUAGGACCAGUUGGCGUUACCCUGCAGCAGUCGGUCACAAUAGGACAAUAGUGGAGAGAAUCUCUUGUUCCCAGAACUUCCCCCAAAGAGACAACCCCACCCUCGUCGUCCCCCCCCCCCCCCCGGCAGGCAGCGAGGUGGGCGGCGGCCUCCUUAUUCCUGCAAAGCGUGCCACGCCCUUUUGUCAUGGCGAUUAUCGUUAUUACUGCCGAGUGGCUGAGGCAGCGGCACAAGGAAGCGGCGUGAAGACAUCCUGCGGAAGGACAUGGGAUUCAACAGCACACCAUGCGGCAGCGCCAUCGCCCCCUUUCGCCACUCUCAGUUUGGACCCAAAGUCCCUUUUUGAAAUUUUUGGAACGCAGCGAGGAAUGCGCUGAGUGAGCAAUGGAAGAAUAACUUUUUUUUUUUGUCUUCUCGCUUGGAAUAUCUUUGCUAUUAAUCGGUUUGGUGGUCUCGCAGAGUGAAAGCCCACCAAAAGUGCCUUUCUUAGUUUUUUGGAACUAUUUUUCUACUCUUGGACUUGACAUUAGGGUCGGUGAUGACCUAAGCACCAACUGGCUGACAAUCCUCCACUCCCUUCCCUCCUUCCUUCCUUCCUUCCUUCUCCACGUGGCCUCACUUCCAUCACCACCAUGAUCACUCUGCAGUCCAAAUGGCGUUACUUGUUCAUGUUCCUGGGCAUCCAGCUGGUGGUCAUGGCGCUACUGUCCCGGGAGGGCUACCACAAGAGGGUCAGCUACUUCAUACGCAUCUUCCGCAAGCCGGACCCCGCUCGGAACCACACGGCCACCGACGUGCCCGUGAAUGACGUGUACGCCAACCUGUCUGGCCUGUCCAAGGCGCAGAAAAAUGGAGACGUCUACUACUGUCCCAAGAAGUCUCCUCUCUUAGCCGGGCCCAUCCACGUCAGCUUCCAGUCGGGCCUCACGCUGGCCGAGGUGCGACGCAAGAACCCGCUGGUGGAACGCGGCGGGCGCUACCGCCCGCCCAACUGCGAGGCGCGUCACCGCACGGCCGUGGUCAUUCCGCACCGCCACCGCGAGAAUCAUCUUAGGUUCUUGCUCUACUACCUGCACCCAUUCCUGCAGCGUCAGCAGCUCAACUACGGCAUCUAUAUCAUUCACCAGGCGGGCAAUUACACGUUUAACCGGGCCAAGCUGAUGAACGCCGGCUUCCGCGAGGCCAUGCGCGAGGAGGACUGGGAUUGCUUGUUUUUCCACGAUGUGGAUCUCAUCCCAGAGGAUGACCGCAACACAUACGUGUGCGACUCCAACCCCAAGCAUGCCGCCGUUGCCAUGGACAAGUUUGGCUACAAGCUUCCAUAUCCGAUGUACUUCGGAGGAGUGUCGGCUCUCUCGCCUCUCCACUACCUCAAAAUGAACGGCUUUCCCAACAACUACUGGGGCUGGGGCGGCGAGGACGACGACAUCGGCAUCAGAGUGUCUCUGGCGGGAAUGUCCAUCUCGCGGCCAUCCCUGAAGGUGGGCCGCUACAAGAUGAUCAAACACAAGCUGGACAAGGGGAACGAUGUCAACCCAAAAAGGUUCAACAUGCUGGCAAAGACGCGUCAGACGUGGAAGCUAGACGGUAUGAACACGGCCGAAUACCAAGUUCUGUCACGGGAGUACCUCCCACUUUACACCAACAUCACGGUCAACAUCGGCACAGAGGCCGGGCUGCACCUGGUGCGGCAGCCCCCGCCCGGCGGCCCAAUCUCCGCCAAGGCCUCUUCCAAGGCUGCCUCUCUCAAAACUGAAAAAUAGCGCCUCCUUUGUCCUGGCGGACUAGGCACAUAUCUAUACAUAUUUUUUUUUCUUCGAAAAAUGAUAUCAGCUUCCUGUGUCGUGCUGGACUCUGUGAGUUUAUUGACGGCGCCGCCACGUGCUCGCUGCUCAAACCUUUUGAUGCCUUCCAAUAUUUGCUCAGUCCUAUCUUGUGCUAUUGAUCGCCCGACUGCCUUUUUUUUUUUCUGUGCUUUGAGUGAGCACGAUGCUGAUACAGUCAAAGGAUACGGCCCAGUUUACAAGUUUUUGAGAUAAUCAAUACUUAACAAGCAGAUCGUGGACCAUUUAAUUACACAUUUCAUAUCGAAAAGUGAUCUUGACAGUUAAGCCCACAAGCCUUCAUAAUUUACUUUUUGUGUUCAAUGGGUAUGACAGAAGAUGGUGACCAAAGGUCAGAGAAAAAAAAAACUAUUUCAGCUGAAAAAAAUCCAAGUUAACAGCAUUUCCCUAAGAACACUUCAAUUUGUAUAAUAUUUGCAAGAAAGGAUCAAAUAGAACAUACAAACUUAGAAAAAUGAGGAAUGAUGUGAUACCCGUUUAACACAAAAAUUUAAAUCAAGACUGAACCACUUUACUUUUUUGAAGGAUAUUUUUCAAACUAUUUUUUUCUACUCUGAGAAACUUGAAAAGAGUGCUUUUUCAUUUAAAAAAAAAAAAACAUCUCAACACUCCAAACAAUAUAUACAUUAUCUGAAAAUAUAUAUUUUUGAUUUUUGCGUUUGUUGUAUUUUGAACCUGGUGAUGACAAAUAUUAUCUACGUAUAACUCGCCUUCCUUUCAUGCAGUAAAUGUCCACCAUGUGCUCUUUGCCUUUAGCCCCAUCAAACACACACCAGCGUGCUCAUACAAGAUCUUCUUCUUUUUUUUAAUCUUAAUCCACUAUGUUGUAAUCAGCGUCUCAGGAAGCCGCCAACCAAAGAGUAUCUGUCACGCACGCAAGGAGCACGUGUACCAGCUGGUAUGGAAAGUUCUUUGAGCAUUUAGACCAUUUCCUUGAUGUUCAGCUGAAGGUCCUUGUCCUAGAAUGCUCAUUGGGUUAGAAGAAAAGAAAAAACCCAAAGAGCUCACAAGAACCUUGAGAUGGCUAUCAAAGAUCAUGGGAAAAUUCUCGACAUCGCGAUCGAUUCGAUUCGGCCUCGGCAGUAUAAAGAAGCCGCUGUGCGUGUUAGCGGGUCAGCACGCUGGAAAAAGUGACACCGGAAAACUGGUGUGGAACGUUGUUGCUUUAUUAUUUUUUGGGUGACUUUGCAGGGUUCUACUGGUUAGCUUGCUCCGUUGGUGUUUUGUGCGUGUUUGUUCACCGCACUCGAGUGGCCUUAAAUUCUGUAAUAAAUCGACUAUUCAAAUGA